AUGCAACAAUCCUCUCAAAAUCUGUCCGAGACCGCCGAAUCCGAUUCUGAAUUUGUCUACAAACCUCCCAUUGAGACAUGGACGGUCAAUGGAAAAAGAGUGGACGGGUUCUUUGUCCCUGGAGGAAAUGUGCAUAUUGGUAGUGAGAAUACCUGGGGUGUAAUGGUCUAUAACAUAAACUGUUUGCUUUUGCAUGCAACCUUCUGGUUGUAUUCCUAUUAUAUCGUUGCUCAGGAGCAGAUUGGAUUCUUUAGGGAGGUUCUAUAUCAGCUGUUUUGGUCGACAGUCCAGGAUUUAACAAGUGGAUUUCACAAUCCCCAAAGCUUCCUUUCUAUUCCCUAUAAAGUGGCCUAUAGGGCCCAAUCGAAGUUACUGGCGCAUAAAAUUCCGACUAGCCCCAAUGAGAUCAGUGUGGCAUUGCCCAAAAAGGGGGUUCCUGCUCAUAUUGGAUUGGAACUAGAGUUUCAGCAAUUGGUUAUCGGGCUACCGCCUCCGAUGCCUCAGCCUUAUCUGACAGCUGACAAAAUUGAAGUAAAACCCUCUGAAAGAGAGAUCCAACGAAUUCAUGAGCUCCGGGCAAAGUACAAGUCACAAAAGAAGGCUCACUAUGUGGAAGAGAAAUUACGAAUUCUCACGGAUUGUGCCAAACUUAUUGCCUGGAGUGCUUACACUGAAAUUAAAACCCUUAGCUUGUAUGUGAAAAAUGACGAGAUAUGGGACUUCAAUGACUUGACCAACAUCGUAAAAGCAGAACUGAACUUCCUAGAUCCUUCACAGGUACAGUCGAUAAAAUUGCUCAAGCUAAAUUCGAAUGAGUGUUUUAUGAUCGAUGAUGUGAACACAAUCAUAAGAGUUCCAGAUCCAGAUCAUCCUAGCACUUUCUGUGAUCUGACAGUAAUUCUACUAUCUGAAAAAGACUCUAUUGUGUCGAUUCUAAAGGAGAAGUUGGUUCUAUCAGAUGGAGAGCUUGACUUGGAGAAAGAAUUUGAAAAAUAUGGCCUACCAGUCCUAAUCCUCCAUCCAACUCCAAAGAAUAAACCCGCAAAUUGUUUGAAUGGGUUCCCAAUUCACGAUUUCUCCGGCAAAAUUACAUUGUACGCUAAAAACGAACCUCUAACAUUUAGCUUUUUCACUAGAGCCAUCAAUGAUUUUGUUCAAACUGAAAAGACCCACCUUCUGUUGGAGUCCUAUUGA